GAGUCGUAAAUUCCGCAUGUGUGGUUCGAUUUCGGUUCAUAAUUCGCGGCGGUGUAGUGAUUUUUUUCGCACGAUUUCAGCGAAAUUCUUUAAAUUUGUGUGCCCUUUUCGUGAAUCAUUUGUUAAGAUUUAAAAAAUUAAAAAUGCAGCAGGACGAGAUCGUUUGGAGCAUCAUCAGCCGGCAGUUCUGCUCGUACAUGGUCAAAACGCAGACGCAAAACUUCUGCCGCAACGAGUACAGCCUGACGGGUUUGUGCUCGCGUAAGGCCUGCCCCAUCGCCAACAGCCAGUACGCCACAAUCCGGGAGGAGAACGGCAUCAUCUAUCUGUACAUGAAGACGGCUGAGCGGAAUGCCUUCCCGGCGAAGCACUGGGAAAAGGUAAAAUUGUCCCGCAACUUCGAGAAAGCCGUCCAUCAGAUCAACGAAAAUCUGCUCUACUGGGAUCGGUUCGUGCGACUGAAAUGCAAGCAGCGCUUCACCAAGAUAACGCAGUACCUGAUCCGCAUGAGGAAGCUGAAGCUGCGACGGCAGAAGAUGCUGGUGCCGCUGUCGACGAAGGUGGAACGGCGGGACAGGCGACGGGAGGAGAAGGCACUGGUGGCGGCCAAGAUCGACAAUGCCAUCGAGAAGGAACUGAUGGAACGAUUGCGGAAGGGGGCAUACGAGGAUAUCUACAACUUCCCGCAGACGGCCUUCAAUAAGGCGAUGGAAGCGGAGGAGAUCGAGGACGAAGAGGAGGCGGAGAGUGAGCUGGAAGAAGAGGUGGAGAAGGAGAUGGAAAUCGACGAGGAGCUGCAGAAGGAGUUGGAUAUGGAUGGGGAGUUUGUGGAGGGUGAUUCCGAGGAUGAUGAUGAUGAUGAUGAUGAAGGUGAUAAUGAGGAAGAAGAAGAUAUCGAAGAUGAAGAAUCAGAUGCAGAAAGUGAAUCAGGUGUGAGAGAACGAGUGGAAGUUGGUAGUGAUUUUGAGUCGUCAGAGGAUGAAGAUAUUGAGGACAUUACGCCGAAGGUCACGCCCCGUCUCCCGAAGAAAGCCAAACCGUCGGCGCACGAUAGUGAGCCUAGUUCCAGCAGCACUGGCACCAAGAAGAAACCGAAGAAACUGCGCAAACCACACCUGGAGAUCGAAUAUGAAGUGGAAACCGCACCAGCGAGGCAUCGGUUACAUAAAUGAGGUAAAGCCUGCCCGCAAUUAUCUAUACGAUGGUGAUUAUAAUGAAAAGUUUAGUUAUGGAUAUAAUUUUUACGAUCAAUGGAAAGAACACGUUCUUUACGAUGGCAGAACGGAACAAUAAACUGCAGAUUGAUGUGACGUUAUUGAAA